AUGUCCUAUGUUUUCCGUUAUGUGGCGUAUCCAAGGCGAGGAUUCCGACAAAAUAGUUUGAUAUCCCUACUGGUUCUUCUGUCGUUAUUGGGCUACCUCUACUACACGGCGUCCGUGCGGCUGAAGGAGAUAGAGCGCCAGCAAAGAAUUAUGGCGAUGGGCGCUACCGACGAUGAUGAAUACGAUCACGAGUCAGGAAGAAUUGUUGAAUGGAAAGCAAAAUAUGACAGAGAUGAGUACGUUUAUCAGAAGUUUAACCGCUCGUGCUAUAUGCCAAACAUGCCGCCGUAUUUACUGAAAACGCCAGUCAAGGAAUCCGUGUUGAAACAACGGGGCUGCGAACGAAGACUUCCGAGCGCAAUCAUCGCUGGUGUUCGGAAGUGUGGGACGACUCCAUUGAUGAACUUCCUCCUGCUACAUCCAUCUAUCGUUGGACCAGGUCCCGAGCCGCAUUAUUUUGAUGCGCAGUACGACAAAGGUAUCGACUGGUACAGGAACCAGAUGCCAUAUUCUGCCCCGCACCAAAUCACCAUCGAGAAAACACCGACUUACUUCAUCCACCCUCACGAUGUACCCCCAAAAAUACGCAUGGAUGUGUCCUUAAAUACCAAAAUCAUACUUAUUCUGUGCGACCCUGUCCACCGCCUUGUGUCUGAUUACUUGGAAUGGACGAUGAAGCAGCCAAAAUUUUCUCUUGGAAUGCGACACAAGUUCAUCGCGGAGACGUUUGAGAAAUCCGUCAUAGAAGGCGAUCGAUUCGGGACGGUCAACAUGUUCAAUGAGAUAGUUGAUCUUGGUGUAUACGUGAAACAUAUGAUUCGCUGGUUUGAGUAUUUUCCCCCGGGACAAAUCAUGAUAAUAGAUGGGGAAACCUUCAAACUCAACCCAGUUCAAGAAUUACAGCGACUUGAGGAUUUCUUGGGAAUCCGCCCUUUUUUUCAGACUGAGCAUUUUUACUACGACAGCACCAAGAACUUCUUUUGUAUGGCGUUCCCAGAGAAACGAUGCCUGGGUAGCAGCAAAGGUCGAACGCACCCGGAUAUUAGUGAACGCAUACUGAAAACACUGUGUGAAUAUUACAGGCCAUACGACAUCACCCUUUCCAAAAUGACAGAUAUGACAUUCUCUUGGCUGGGGAAAUGUUAG